AUGGCAGGGAAGCCUUUGUUUCCCUAUGAUGAGGCCCGGGGCAGAAUGGAGUCCAUCUGGUGGCUUUUGGCUGCAGCUGGAGUGGAGGACCAGUACUUCUUGGUGUUUUCGGUGGCCCCUAUAAUGGUGACUGAGUCCUUGGUGAGCCAACAGGCAAUAGUGGCUAGGUCCAGUGUGCCCUCUGUGGGCCAUCCUACGUUGAAGGUGGGCCAUUCUCCGGACUCACAAAAGAUUGAUAUGUAUUCAGAAGGUUUGGCAGAUUUGAAUGAAAUGUUUAUUCUUUACCAUCCACCUGGGAAAAAAGAAGAAAACCUUGCCCUGAUGAAAGAGAAAGCAAGAAACCAUUAUUUUCCUGCCUUUGAAAAGGUGUUCAAGAGCCAUGGGCAAGAAUACCUUGUUGGCAACACACUGAGCAAGGCUGACGUUCACCUGGCUGAAAUGGUAUACAACAUGGAGGAGCUUGACUCCAACAUCCUGGCUGGCUUCCCUCUGCUGCAGGCCCUGAAAACCAGAAUCAGUGACUUGCCCACUAUGAAGAAGCUUCUCCAGCCUGGUAGCCAGAGGAAGCCUCCCAUGGAUGAGAAAAGCAUACAAAAAGCAAGGAAGACUUUCAUGUUUUGA